AUCAUUAAGUUCUUUCGAUAUAAAAAGUAAUAUUUUCGUACAAAUCUCAUGGCAUAGUUAUGGUGUCAGUUCAGUUUAUGGCAGCGAUCGCCACCAGGGAGAUUUCAAAUAGAAAAGAUCUGCUGAUAUCGGAUAUCAGUGAAACAUCUGCAAUUGCUUCUGUCACCAUAUUCUGGAUUAUGUUUCCUUCAAGAAGCUCCUUUUCCCAUUCAAUGGAAUCUGGAAUUUUACAAAUGUUUAUGGACUUCUCUGAACUGUAAUCCGAAAAAAAAGCCUUUCACCAUGUAAGUCAUUUGGGUGAUAGUAGCAUCACCAGUGCCGGAUUCUGGGUCCUUUCACAAUGUUUUGUGGAACACACGACCAGUCACCAAGUUUUUUUAUCUGAUUAUUUUUUCCAUUGUUUAACGAACAUUCCCCUCCCCACCACACACACACAUAUACAUACAUGCAUGCAUGCACACACAUGUUCACAAUACAAUGACCUAUUCUCAGAUCGAGUUUUCAAUCCUGUAACCACAUAUACAAAAAAUUGUUAUUCAUAUCUAUGCACACUCUUGAAAACAGAAAAGAAUAACAUAAGCAAAAUCCAUACACAUCAGUCACUGAAUUGUUUUGUUCAUUCUGGAAACUACCGUAAUAUUGGUACGCCGUAGUUAUCACCAUCAGCUGAACCAUGAUCAGUUAUAAUAAAGAAUUAAUGAAAGAAGAAGCUAAGAAAGCCAGGGAGGCCCAAGUCAUGCAGGCGAUCCAAUCACGAACCGCACCGACCCCUAAAACCAACACAAUGCUGUUCAGCGAGCCUGUACGUGUUUCUUCCAACCCUAAAAACCAUUCUGUUAUGCACCAGACUAUCAGCAAAGUACUUGGAAACUACGACGAGGUCGUCGAAGAAAUGUCCAAGCAACCAGGUCACAUGAUCGGCAUUGACAAACAGACCCGCUCUGCAAGAGACACCAACCACCAAGCCAAAACUUCGAAAUUGCGAUGUAAUGGCUACAAAAUGCGUCCUCAGGCUAGUUCCAAGGGGAUGAUAGGGAAAGAUGAUACCCCUCGGGGUCAAGAUGCAUCUAGUCACGGGCGUUGCAGCGGAAGCAACAAUGGCAGUGGUAAUAGUUCUGCUUCCUACCUUGGCCAUGGCCAUGGGCACCAGGAUGGUUCUAGACAAGGACUCCUUGAAACACCUCCAGACGGUGCUUAUAGUCGUAAUUCUCAGAACUCUCAUUCAAUGUCGAAAGACGGUGGUCACGGACAAAACUCGAUAGACAACAACUAUCGAAGCCGGACCUCUCAGAAUUCUCGAUUGUCUACUUCAUCAAGAAUGUUGUCCGAGAAGCAUGGACCUGACAAGGACUUCCAUCCUAAAAAACACUCAUAUUCUUCACAAAAUUCUUUCACCAACCCCAAUAACAAAGUAUACUCUUCGUCCUCCUCGUCAUCAUCCACACAACUCAGUAAGCACCCCCCUUAUCCUAAUGUAACUACCAACUCUGGCAAUGCACACUUGAAACCCAAUCGGCCCCUAUCUUCUUUAAGUGACAAAAGCUCAUCACAUGGCAGUAAUAGUGAGAAAUAUUAUCGUGACAAGUACCAUUCUGGGGGUGAGAAAUCUUUGCAAGUGGACAAGUUUCAUAGUAGUGCUGACAAGGCCCAUGCUGACCACAAACAGUAUAGUGAUAAGACACACAAUGAAAGCAAAGAACUUUCUAGUAAUGUUGAUACCAGUGAGAAAAGCCUCUCCAAUAACAGUGGUAGGGAGAAGUCAUAUUCUGCUGAGAAAGGAAUUUCACAUCAUUUGACCAAAACCAAGUCAAGAUCCCCUAUGCCCUCUCUAACACCCAGUGUACAGUCUCAACAACAGGGUCCCCCAUUAUUACAGUCUCAACAACAACAGCCUCACCUUCAACUACAACAGCCAUCAAAGGGACCAGCAGCACCUUCUGCUAUUGCUUCCACACCGCCCCCUCCUUCUCUCAAUAUGGAUGGUUCUCGAGAGAACCACCACACCUCGUUGCCAUCAUCAUUGUCACCUGCAUACAUUGCAACGAAUACCGUUUCAAGCAAACCAUUCAUGCCGACACAUCUGAACAAAGGCUUAUCAAACUCUCUAAAGGUCAAAAUUAUCGGCUCAAAUCCAGCAAAAGUCUCCAGUGAUCUUGAUGACAGCGAAUCAGAUAACCCGCCCCUACAGAUUGAGAAAAUUAUGAAAGAAAUGUGUCAGCCAGAGAAAAUAACGGGUAUAAAAACACCGAGUGUGAAAGAAAACCUGUUUGAGGAGAGCCGCUUCCUUUCACCGAUGGGGCAAAGCCAGAAACAUCUGCUGUCCGAAUUAAAACAUCAGAAACCUUCAACACCUGUACAUCAAACAAAGUUAAAAGCUAUUUCACCAUCUUUAACUCACCACCGUUACCAAAAGCAGAAUUUAAACGCAUCGCCAGUGCUGUCUGAUCUCAAAGAAGAGAAAAAUGACCUGGAUAAAAUCUUAGCUGAGAUGACCUGUCCCGAGUCUCCAGUAACGGCCAUUUCUACACCGGAGAAAAUGUCAGAAAAUCCAUUCGCUCGGUCUUUCAAGAAUUCCCAUUCACCUUCCCAAAAGACUUUUGGGCUCUCUGACAGUGACAGUGAUUCCUUUGAUAAUGAAGAGGAUGCAACACAACCCCCUAAUGAUAAACCAGUCCACAGUUGUUCAUCUGAUGAGAACACCAAUAACCAAGCAGAUGCCAGCAUCCUCAAAGAAUCUAAACACAUGACCCUGGCUGCUGCAGAAAUUAAAAACCAUCAAAACACAGAUUCUGUAGGCGAGAACCAACCAUUAAAGACAAGUCCACUUGAAUCAACUUCUCCAACAGCUAUGCCUGUCUUCCCCUUAAAUGCUGUGAAAUGUUCCUUACAGAGUCAAGAAGAUCUUUCCCAAGAUCUUCAGAUGAGUGAUUCAGACAGUGAAGCACUCGAGUCUACCAAAGAAUUCCCCCCCGUGUUUACUCCCUCAAAGUCAUCACCGUCCAGUCCUAUCUCACGCCUACAUCAUUCCAUGGAUAUCGGUGCAGUGGAAACCAGAAAGGAGUCAGUAGGCUUUGAUAUUUUCAGUGAACAUCCGACAAGUGAAAGUGAUUCUGAGAGCGAUGGAGUUGUAGGUAAAACAAAGUCCAGUACAUUGACUGUCAACAACUCAGCAGUGACAGAAUCUAAUACUGUCUGUAAUAACACACCGUUAGUUUACUCAACACCAGCUAGGAAAGGAUCGGGCCAGUUUGCUAAGAAAAAUGAUAAUGAUGCUGACGACGAAGAGGAGGAGGAUGGAGAUGAUGACGAAGAUGAUGAUCAAAGUGAUGUUGAAGAAAGCAACGAGCUGGAUAGAAUAGGCCCAGCGGUCAAGCAUCAGAAACCGGAUGUGGUCUCUUCAAGUUCAACUAGUGACUCGGACACCUCUGACGAUGAGUCAAACGUCUCGGAAAAAGCAUCUAGUGCAUCGGAUGACGAUGACGAUAACGAUGAAGAGGAAGAAGACGAAGAUAAAGAUGAUCAUUCAAAGCAGCUCGACUCAGUGGACGCGGUCAAUGAUGUGGAACAGUGCGAUUCUGCAAGUGUUCAAAAAACACCGCGCUGGUGUCUCCGAGCAUUCUUUUCGUUGCCAAACAGUGGCAACAAAGCGAAUCAUGUCCCCAAGGAAGCCGAGGAAAUUGUAUCCGUCUCUAGCCAUACUGGAAGUAAUGUCAGUGCAAGCCAAAGAAGCAGAAAUAAUAGCAGCAGCAGCAGUAGUAGUAGCGGUAGUAGUAGUAGCAGUAGUGGUAGCAGCAGCUGCAAUGAGAACAGCAGUCCAAUCACUGAAGCGAACAGUCAUUGUGAAUCCGAUGAUGACAGCAACAGUGAAAAGUCAUCUGCAGAGGAGAAAACAUCAUUAAUACCAAGUGAUAACGAAGAACCACCUAGUAGCUGCCACAAACAAGAUGUUCCCAGUGCCCCAUCAUUUACUGAGGACAUCUCAUCAAAGGAAAACAGUUUGCAGGCCAACACUAAAUCUGUGACAAAUCUCUCGACGUGGCCUCCCGGCAAAGACAUCCAAGAGUUUCCGUCUCCUGUAUCUUCCCCGAUGUCUGCAUCACCUACAUUAUUAGUUCAUAGAAAACUGAAGCGUAAAAUUUCACUUCCCAUUUGUAUUAAUACCAAUUUGCUGUCCUCCAUUCCAAAUGUUAAACGCCGCAAACUCACAAAUGAACCGUCCCAGCCCGCCGAGCACUUGGAUACCAUCAAAUCUGAAACAGUCCCGAACACGUGGUCAAGUAAAAUACAGUCCCAAGAGUCUGUUGAGAAACAGUCUGAAAACAAGCAACCCUGGAUAAAGCGAGACAAAAGUCCAAGAACACCAAAUAAUACUGAAUCUAAUUGUUGCCAGAAACGCACUUUGACCAUCAAAAUCAAUACAGAUCUUCUGCAUUUCAUCCCUGCAAAAUACUUAAAAGACCUGCCGUUAUUACAAGAAGUUAAAACAGAAAACAGCGUCGAGGAAGCUGCAGUCAAGCCUGAAAUGCAGAACGGUAAUGUUUCUCCUUCAGUUAAAGCAAGUGAACCCAAUGCGAACUCCGAAAGUUUUGUCAUGACGCAGACUACAACGACACCUGUGCUGACUGAGAGUACACCUUGCAAAACAGAAAAAUCUGAUUUCAAAUUCCGGAUCCCAAAGAGAACUCUCGACUCCGAGAGCUACGACAUCAGUCGACCCAGUCCGAAAAUGAUCAAAACCGAGGGACAAAUUUCAAAGAACGAAGACAACCUGUUGCCAACUAUUCCCAAGAAUGAAUCUGUGAAAAGUUUGUCUUUGGUCAACAGCGACCAUAACCACAGCUCUCCUUCGACUGAGUCUUCAACUGCUACCAGCAAAACCAGAGUUUCCGAUAAAGACAAACAGAUUUCUUCUUCCAUAGACGAUACCAAACAACCAUGCCAUGACAAAGAGAAGGACAGUGUUAUGCAACCUGUGUCUCCAUCUGAAUGUAAUAGCAGUGGUUGUAGUACUAGUAGUAGUAAUAGCAAUAACAACAACAGCAACAUCAACAACAACGGUGAUGACGAUAUCGACGACAAUGGUGAUGACAGCGACAGUGAUAGUGAGCGUGAUGACAGUGAUCACAACGACCGUGUCGAUAACGAUAAUGUUAAGAAGCAUAACAACAGCAAUGGUAAUAAUCAGACCGUCAAUGCUUUAACAAACUCGUCCAGCAGCAAAAAACUCAAGACAGCGACCCAGGCAAAUUUGACAUCAAAAAGCUCAUCGGAUAAUUCCAAAGACACUGGGAAAUCGGUUGCGACACCGUCUCCGUCGAGGCAGUCUAACUCCUCUUCUACCUUGUUGUCUCCGAAGGGGUCGACGUCGAGCAACACAUCUGACCACCACCAGCCCUCGACUUCUGCUAUUAGUACAAUCCCAGUCACCCCUAGCCACAGCAACAGUUCAAAUAGCCUACGUAACCGGCCGUUAUACAAGAGCAGUGGUUCUAACCACCACGGCGGCAGUGAAGGUGGCAGCAGCAGCCAUAAAGGGAAGGACAAGGCUGCUGACCACUUUUUCCAAGAAGCCAAACGUAUGAAACACGAAGGAAACAAAUUAACCGACAUCUUUGAGAAAUCUUUCUUGUACAUGAACGCCGUGGUGUCCUACGUACAGUGCGGUAUAGCGUUAGAGAAAGACCAAGAGCAGCGAUGUUUCCGCAUGUUUGGUGAGAUUUUCGAUUUCCUCAAUCAAAUCGGACACUACCACCAGUACCCUCACGAACAGAAAAUCUCGCUGUUGCGCUUGCUGUUGAUGUCCCGCGUCUGCAAAAAGCUCUACGACAUGAAGAAAAAGGUCGCCGACAACCUCAAGCAGGCCAUCGACGAAUACAACAAGCAGACCAGCAGCACUUCCUUGCCAUCUCACACCCCAUCCCCGCAUCGGCCCAACUGGAACACUUCCACGCCUUCAUCACGAUCGACCCCUUCACCAUCAGGCAGCAUUGACUCAAUACGUUCACAGGGAAGUAACGCCUCGGAUGCAAGACUAACGCCUUCAGCUUCAUCGUCAAACGCUGUCUCAGCGACAUCACACUCCUCCUCCUCCCACAUCUCUAACAAUUCUACUUCAUCCUCUUCUUCCUCCAACCCAAACUCUACGGGCCUUACGGGCUCGGCUCUGCCCUCCUCGUCACAGACUGUUACUAUUCCUAAAAGAAUUCAUUCCAUCACACAGAACUACAUAGAAAUAUUAGAUUAUAUUGUGAAGACUCACAAUUACUGGGAACAGGCUGAAAUUCAGAAAGAAAAUUGCAAAGACUUUAUUGAUCUCCUGCACACUAGAUGUAAAUACAUCUCAUUGCAAAGCAGUAUUUUUCAAUAUGUGGAAUACGUAAGAGUUGGUCUCCAAAUUCUCCGAGAAUCAUGACCUGACCUUCUGAACAAUUACAAAAAAGAGAAAAUUUAAAAUAAAAGAAAAAAAAUAAACAAAGAAACAAAAACUAUUGCUAUUUAUAAUAAAGGAAAAAAAAUAAUGUUUACUUUUCCUUCCCUUUCCCCCCCAUUUGGAUUUUUUUUUUUUUUUGAAUUUUUUUUUUUUUUUUUUCCUCUUUGAUGCUUGAUCUUCAAAGGAAGCCAUUUGCCAAAAUAGAAAGUGUCUGAGUUCCAGGUAGCUUCCCUCAGGAGCCAACCUGUCUAUAAGUAUUGAUGGAAAGACGGAAAAGAAGCAAAGAGAGGGACGGAAGGUGAGAAGAAGAGCAAGAAUGAGAGAGAGAAGGAGAGUGAGAAAGUAUGUGUGCGUGCGUGAAAGAGACAGUUUUUGCAGAAAGUAUAAUACUUAAAGUCAGUCCUUUGUAAGAUAAUGAAGAUGAAGUGAUGGCAUAAAAAAAAAAAAAAAUAAAGUCAAAACAUAAAAUUGUGUUUGUCUUUUGAUCUUCCCUCCCCCCAUUCCAC